AAGUAGUGCGCACCAAGAGAUGCACCGUCCGUUCUUCGUCGUGCUCCUUGUCUUGCUCCACCAUGAAGCCAGCUACUCCGCCGCCGCCGCCUUAGCUUCCGGUGGGUGCCACCGCCGGUGCGGCGCCACCCCCGUCCCCUACCCUUUCGGCUUCUCCGCCGGCUGCCCCAUCGUUCUAUCCUGCGACGUCAACACCUCUACGGCGAUCAUCCCAUCCAGAGGAGUAGACAACGGCACCUCCUACCGCGUCCUCGCCUUCAACUCCACCGCCUCCACUUUCGUCCUCGCCAUCCCAUCGCUGUGCAGCCGGAGCGUCCCCGACGCCAGAAGAACGCUCUCCGGCGCCAACUACGGCGUCACGUCCCGCACCGGCGUGUUCCUCCGCGGCGGAUGCCGCGUGACCAACUCGACCUCCUGCGCCGUGCCAGUGGCCGUCAUGUCCAGUCUGCUCCGCUCAGCUCAGUGCCCCGGCGACAACGAGACGGCUUCGCCCUCCGGCGCCGUGGCGUGCGUCGCUUCCAACUCGCCGGACGCCACGGCCGCGGGCGCUUUCCUGAACUGGGAUAAGACGGAUAAUACAACGUGCGCCAACAUGCUGUCCUCCGCGUUGUUCGCGGAGACGACGGAGGGGACGGCGUCGCUGGAGUUCGGCGUGGCGGAGCUGGGCUGGUGGCUCAACGGGACGUGCGCCGGCGGCGCCGAGGGGUGCGCGGCGAACGCGACGUGCACCAACGUGACAACGCCGAGCGGGGCGCCGGGGCACCGGUGCGCGUGCGUGGCGGGGAUGGACGGCGACGGCUUCUCCGCCGGCGACGGAUGCUUCAAAGCUAAGCCAAGUUCUAAGAGGAAAAUGGUUUUCAUAGUUGGAGGUGUCCUGGCGGGCGUGGCGGCGGCUGGCGUGCUAAUCCUGCUCUGCAUGGUACGACGCCGGCGCUCAGGCGGCAACAAGGGCCGGCCGUGCAAAAACCGGCUGGCGGCGAUACGGCAGCUGUCUGAGGCGGCGUCGUCGAGCGGCGUUCCGGUGUACACGUACAACGAGGUGGCGCGCGCGACCAACUCCUUCUCCCACACGCACCGCCUCGGCACGGGCGCCUACGGCACCGUCUACGUCGGCAGGCUCCCGGGGAGCUCGACGUCGCCGCUCGUGGCCAUCAAGCGCCUCCGGUGCCGCCACGACGACGACGACGGCAGGUCGGUGGCGCUGCUGCUCAACGAGAUCAGGCUCAUCUCCUCGCUGAGCCACCCCAACCUUGUCCGCCUCCUCGGCUGCUGCCUCGACCGCGGCGAGCACAUCCUCGUCUACGAGCUCGUCCCCAACGGCACGCUCGCCCACCACCUCCACAACGGCGGCGACACCGGGGACACGCUACCCUGGCGCGCGCGGCUCGGCGUCGCGGCGGGCACGGCCGCCGCAGUCGCCUACCUGCACGCCGCGCGGCCCCCCAUCUUCCACCGCGACGUCAAGUCCGGCAACAUCCUCCUCGGCGCCGACCUCCGGCCCAAGCUGGCCGACUUUGGCCUCUCCCGCGGAGGCUUCGGCCCGGAGGACGCGUCGCGCUCGCACGUCUCCACGGCGCCGCAGGGCACGCCGGGGUACGUCGACCCGGACUACCACCAGAGCUUCCACCUCUCCGACAAGAGCGACGUCUACAGCUUCGGCGUCGUGCUGCUCGAGCUCAUCACCGCCAUGAGGGUCGUCGACUUCGGCCGCCCGCCCAGCGAGGUCAACCUCGCCUCCCUCGCGCUCGACAGGAUCGGCAAGGGGAGGGUCGAGGAGAUCGUCGACCCGGCGCUCGUCGGCCACGGCGAGGAGUGGGUCAUGGAGUCCGUCCGGCACGUCAGCGAGCUCGCAUUCCGGUGCCUGGCAUUCGACAAGGACGUCCGGCCGUGCAUGAGCGAGGUGGCCGAGGAGCUGCGCCGGAUCAGGGACGCCGCCCCCGAGUCCGGCAUAACGGGCCCAGUCGCCAACAUGGCUGACCAGGACACGACGGCAAAGAAAGCCCGGUCGCCGGUGUCGGUGCAGGAGAUCUGGACCAGCGACCAGAGCUCACAGUCGACCAACGGCUCCAAGUAG